AUGGAUGCUUUGGGGAAUUUAGACUCUUUCAUCGCUGGCUGCGACGCCACGAAGAUGGGCGCGUUUCUCGAACUUGUGCAGCGGCGGUUUUCAGAAGCUCAGUUGCAAAGGCAAAAGAAACUGGAAAGUGUGGUUUCGAAUAUGCACAAGCAGCUGCUGGAGGCGUCUGCAGCGAAGAAGCAGCAGCUGAGGGAGCAGAUUGGCUCUUCGCUUGCUGCGCUGAGCAGCAAAAGAGAUGCAGCAGCAGCAGAACUGACGCAGAGUUUGGAAGCAGCAAGAGCGAAGAAGCAGCAGCUGCUGCUGUCUUUUCAAGAACAGGAAAAGGCCUGUCAGGUGGGCGGCGCGGACUUGGGAUUUUUUCAAGAAAUAGAAGACGAAGUCAAAGAGCUCACCAGCCUCUUCGUUGCAAAGCAGCAAGAAAUGGGUGAGGACUUCUUCAAAAGUUUCGAAAAAUAG